AUGCCUAAUCAAAACCUUCCUGCAAAUGUUGACGAACUUAUCCAGUUCAUUUCUGUGAACAGUGAAUAUGAAACAAUAACUAAACAUUUGGCCCCAAUUUUAAAACAAAUCCCGCAGCAAUUCUAUUUGCAGGGUACCAGUGACAAUAGAGAUCCAUUGGAUGUUUUGGAUCCAAACUUUUGUAGCUUACCCUACACUUACUUUCUUGCCGCGCGUUGUCAAGCAGAUAGACCAAAUGUUGCGCGUUUAAUUCAAUACAUUCUCCAGUUCCUGACAGUAUUUGACGCGCGUCAUAUUCGAUUGGUACCUGAUAAGUUUCUACAAGUUGCUCAAGGGCUUUGUAGAUUAACUACUCUUUAUGGAAAUGGUGUCAUAGCCAUUAAACCACUUGCGAAUGCACUUCAAAGAUAUGCGCCUACACCAAAUCAUCUCACGAAUUUGCAUCAAAUGUUUAUUAAGGAAUGUUUGUUAUCAAGAUGUUAUAAGCAGGCACUUCCAAUAUUGAAGAAUGAUAUUACUGAAAUAGAUGUGCCGAGCACAGCAAUCUUCUAUACAGAUCAUUUGCUAUAUCAUUAUUAUGGCGCGAUG